GUUGCAAAAUAUCAAUAUAUAAGUACAACAACUAUGGGAGUGCCAAAAUUUUACCGUUGGUUGAGUGAACGAUAUCCUUGUCUUAGUCAAGUUGUAAAAGAUCAUCAGAUUCCUGAAUUUGAUAACCUAUACUUGGACAUGAAUGGUAUCAUUCAUCCUUGCUCUCAUCCUAAUGAUGAUGAUCCACACUUUCGAAUCACGGAGGAGCAGAUUUUUUUAAAUAUUUUUCAAUACAUCGAGGUAUUGUUUAGGAUAAUUAAACCGCAAAAAGUAUUUUUUAUGGCUGUUGAUGGUGUUGCACCAAGAGCAAAGAUGAACCAACAAAGGGGGAGAAGAUUUAGGUCAGCACGUGAAGCUGAAGCAUCAGUAAAGAAAGCUGAGCAAAAAGGUGAAGUGCUACCUAUGGAAGCAAGAUUUGACUCAAACUGUAUCACCCCAGGUACAGAGUUUAUGGUAAGACUCCAUGAACAACUGAAGUAUUUUGUAAAUAAAAAAAUUAGUACUGAUCCUGGUUGGCAAGGAUUGCAAAUUUAUCUUUCUGGUCAUGAGACACCUGGUGAAGGAGAACAUAAGAUAAUGGAUUUUAUUAGAUUUGAAAGAUCACAGCCUGGAUAUGAUCCAAACACAAGGCAUUGUUUGUAUGGUCUUGAUGCUGACUUAAUAAUGCUUGGUUUGACCAGUCAUGAUCCACAUUUUUCUCUGCUUCGUGAAGAGAUUCGAUUUGGAAAGAAAGAGAAAAGGAUAAGCAAUCCUGAAGAUAUUACAUUUCAUCUCUUGCAUUUGUCUCUUUUGAGAGAGUAUAUUGAUUUGGAAUUUGUAGCUUUAAAGGAAAUUUCGUAUGGUUAUGAUUUAGAGAAAAUCAUCGAUGAUUGGAUAUUGAUGGGUUUUCUUGUGGGAAAUGAUUUUGUUCCUAACCUACCAAAUUUUCACAUCAAUCAUGAUGCCUUACCUUAUCUGUGGAGAGUAUAUAAGGAAGUCAUGGUUUCUUCUGAUGGUUAUCUUCAUGAUGGUGGCAUUCUUAAUUUGCAGCGGUUUGAAACAUACACAAGGGCCAUUGCCAAGUUAGAUCUUGAAACCUUUGAAGACAAUUCUGCUGAUUUAAAAUGGCUUGAAGGAAAAACGUCGCAAAACAUUGAAGAUGAUGAGGAAUCAGAGCUCUCUGAAGUUGAUGGCCCAGUUAAGUUAGCAUCUGUCGACAUGGAAAAUAUGUCUCUGAAUUGUGAUACAGGGAAGCAACAGGGAAAAUUGUUGAAUUAUCUUGAAGAAAAAGGUGAACUGGAUGACGAAGAUGAUGAUGGAGAUUUUACUAAAGAGCAUGAAAAGUAUAAGCUACGUUAUUAUAGAGAGAAAUUUAACCUUUCAGAGGAUGACAGUUGUCAAGACAUUAUUCGAGAGUUGUGUAUGAAAUAUGUUGAAGCCAUCCAGUGGAUAUUGCAUUAUUAUUUUAAUGGUGUCUCAUCCUGGGGAUGGUACUAUCCAUUUCAUUAUGCACCAUAUGUAUCAGAUAUAAAAGAUUUUCAAGAUCAUCCCCUUGUAUUUGAAAUGGGCAAACCCUUUCUGCCAUUUGAGCAACUGCUUGCAGUAUUACCUGCAGCAAGCAAGGAGUUGUUGCCUGAACCAUUUCGAAAUCUUAUGAUUAUGGAACAGUCACCAAUCAUUGAAUUUUAUCCUGUUGACUUUGAAACGGAUCUCAAUGGUAAAAAACAAGACUGGGAGGCUGUUGUUCUUAUUCCCUUUAUUGAUGAGAAAAGAUUACUUGAAGCAAUGGAGCCUUUUUAUCAACGAUUGAAGAAAAGUGAACGCGAGCGUAAUUGCCAUACUUCAUGUAUGUUGUAUACUUAUGAUGCUGGAAAAACUGAACGUUAUACGUCUUCUCUACCUGGAGUGUUUCCUGACAUAGAAUGUUGUCGGGCAAGUUGUGAAUUCAUACCUAUCAACAAGUAUCGCCUGUCAACUGAGAAAAUAAUUAAAGGUCUUCUACGAAAUGUAAAAAUGGAUAUCUACUUUCCUGGAUUUCCAACAUUGAAACACCUCUUGCAUACUGGUGAACUGAAGAAAGCUGGUGUCAAAGUUUUCCAAAUGCACAGUCGUAAUGAAAGUAUGGUGUUGAAGAUUGACGAAACUGACGAACCUAAUUUGAAGGAGAUUUGUGACUCCUUGGUGGGAAAACCAUGUUAUAUUGGAUGGCCACAUCUUGUCGAAGCGUUUGUGAAAAGCGUCAGUGAUGGGAGAAAAAAAUACAUCAUUGCAAAAGAUUUACCUGAAAAUAUUAUGGAAGUAAAUUUAACAGAAAGCGAUGCUUCUGCCUGGAGGAGACAAGUCUAUAGUGAAAAAUCCGAAUAUCUUGAAAGGAAGGCAAUUGAUAUUGGUGUCACACACGUUCUUAUUGAAGCUUAUCGAAUACAGGGGAAAAAAUAUGUUUGCGAGAGUAAUGGAGAAGUUAUUCCGGAAAAGAUAUGGUCUGAUUCGGUUGCUACUUGUCCAUUGCAAGUUACAGUAAAGAAUAUCAAUGUGUUUGAUGAGGUCGAUGCUAGAGGUCUGUGCACUACAGUUGCUGAGCUAUUUCCUGUAGAUACGGAAUGUUUCAUGAUGGCCAUUCCUCAUUAUGGUUCUUUAGGAAAGGUUAUCGAGGUUGACUCGAAGACGAAUCGCGUCAGAGUUCAACUUAAUGUUGUUCCUGAGCCGGACUUUAUUUCACUCAUCAUUAACAAGGAAGACUACGCUGAAAACUACAUACCCGCGCACAUUAUGGCCAAGAGACUGGGACUCACAACGCUUGCACUUGCGCAGAUCACAGGAAAAGUUCUCCUUUCUGUUGGUGAUGAGGAAAACUCGAGUAAAGUCGAUAUUGGGUUAAAUUUAAAAUUUUCCAAGCAGAAUAAAGAGGUUUUAGGAUAUGCUCGUAGAAGUGAAGGAAAUUGGAGUUUUUCCAAAAAAACUGAACGAACGAUUUCAAUUUACCAAGAAAAAUUCCCAAUGGUUUUUGACGUCCUGAGAAAAAAUUCCUUGUACAAUGAAAGAUUGAAAGUAUCUGAUGUGUUUCCUGAUGAAAAAUCAACAAUUUUUGCUGAUGUGGAAAAGUGGUUGAAAACUCUCCCUAGUCACAAACAGAAGGCCGUGAGCUGUGGUAGUUCCACUCUGGAUGAACCUCUUAUAAGACAGAUUGAAGAAACUGUAGAAAAACUAAAGAAAGAAAGAAGAAGCAGCAAAAUUGUGAAAGUUCGCGUCAAACCUUCUGUUCUUUAUAGACCAAUGAAAUUUUUUGGUAAAGUGUCGCCAGAUCCUAAGGCUGAUUUUCAAUUGUUUGAUCGUGUUGUUAACGUACGCACAUUGGGUGUAGCACCGUUUGCUCUUAAGGGAACUAUUGUUGGCAUUCAUAAAGGUAAAACGGAAAGCGAACCUGCAAAUUAUGAAGUUUUAUUUGAUGAAGAAUGCAUGGGUGGAGAGUCAUUAAGAGGUUCAGGUGCAUUUGAAAAUAAACUUUAUGUGAUACCAGAAUGGUCUCUUCUAAACCUUUCCUAUGGUGAUCGUCUUGAACGGGAAAAGAGAGGUUUACCAAACCCUCUUGUUCAGGCACAACAUGCACUUCAAUACUCGGUCGAUCCGAAAAAUGGCGUUCCAGCUGAAUAUAAACGAAGCAGAAAAGGUGCUUACCAUCAGAAAACUUGGCAAACGUCAUUGUGGAGUACCAAUCGCCAGAGUCCAAGUCCAAGUGGUAUAGCACAGAAUAACAACGAGCAGAGUCCCCGUGUAAGUUAUAAUAGUCUGGAGUCUCAUUCCUCACUCCAGAAUCAUCAAUUUAACAGCCCAGUGAAUUUGGAAUAUCAACCAUUAAAUUCGCAAACUGUUAAACGGAAUGAAACUAAAGUAGUUCCAAGUGAGACAAUGAAAGAACAUCUUUCAGCUAAGGGAAGUGAACGCACGACUCGUGAAAUGUUGCAACUUAAUGGAUCUCAUAAUUCAAAUACUCCUAUUCAUUCACCUCAAACGUCGUUAUUUUAUCCAGAUAAUGCUUUCAUGACGUCAUAUCUUCCUCAGGCUACACCAGUUUCACUUAGCACUUCAACAGGUAUGUUGUUUCUUAUUUGCCAGCAAAACAACUGGCCUCAACCUACGUAUAGUUGUCAACCUACGUAUAGUCAUGCAUAUGCUCAGUAUGUUAUAGCAGCUGUCUGUGUAGCGGGGAGAAUUUUUUCUGGAGGACCUUGUGUUUCUAUUGAAGAAGCCAUGGAAAGUGCUGCUUAUAUGGCCCUAUAUUCUUUUUCCCCUGAAACAUAUUCGAGGCAAUAUAACAACAUGACGUCAUCUCCUACUAGUCCCAUGGCAUCUACUACUAAUUACAACAAUUUCUCACCUUCCUCUUAUUCAUGCAAUAACGAGUCUACAACUUCUCCCAUGAGUCAUGCAAGGACUUCUAUGCGAAAGGAAUUCUCUUCCGAAAAACAUAUCCAUGAGAAACAAGCUGCAUCGCCACAUGAAUGUUGGGAAAAUGUUUUCCCCAAGAAUCAAGUUGAAUCAUUUAGUAAAGGAUCGAAUUCCGCGAGUGGAAGUUUGAAGAAUUACAGUGGAAGUAAUAAUCCAUUCAUUCCUUUCCAGGUGACAUUGAACACAUCACAAUCGACAAAAUCAAAAAACAUUGUGAAAAGAAACGAAGUAUUUCCUAGCGAUCAAAUGAGAGGGAAAUCAUUAAACGAACCAAUUCAUGAUGCAGGAUCUAUAUUACCAAAUGCCCAUCUUGAUGAAAAGGAAGAAAAAAGUUUAAAUAUUUCGUCUAACUCAGAUGAUGAAGACAUGAUACAAGAAUCCUCGAUAGUUAAUUCAUCGAAAAGUGAAAAAGAUAAGAAAAAUAUCUGUGCUAUAAACCUUAAACCAAAGUUACUUGCUCCAAGCUUUUUUACCUCGAAGAAAUGAUGAAAAGGGGUUGUGUAUCCAUAAUAUAGGUAGUUAAACUUUCGUUUAUAAUUUAUUUCUUAUUUUCUUUGUUUUAUAUCAUUUUAAAGUAUAUAUAAUAAUAAAAAAUAAGCAUUAUAUAGCAUAAUCGUUUAUGUAUGGAUUUAGGAGUAAGGAAAUCUAUUUCCGUUCAUCAAAUCUUACGAUGAAUGAUUAUUUCUUGCAACUAUGCUUUUUAAUUUACCUCUAGUCUUUAUGUAAAAAAGUCAAUUGUUUAUUUUUUGUUUCAUUGAAUGUCAUUUAACAGAGUAUAUAAUUUUUUUAUUACAUUAUUCAUGUGUUCUAUCAUAAA